GCCAAUUGUAUUGAGCUACUGCGAAGCUAGUCAAAAUUAAUGUAAAAUAAACGUUCAGUUGUCAAAGCAAAGCCAGCUAAUGAGAUUUGGAUAUCGUAUUUAGUAUUACGGAGCUUUGGGUUCAAUAACCUUGAUUAAUGCCUUGUUGGACCCGCGACAUUUCAGUUUGGAUAAAAAAACGUACUUCAGUGUAACGUUAACGUUAGCUAGUUAACAUGAUAGCCUUUGAGCUAGGUUAGCUAACGGUAGUAUAAAUUGAACAAUAGCUCUCAAAUUAAGAUCCUUGAAGCAAUGUUGGGGUUUCUGACAGCAAGGCAGGCUGGUCUGGAUGACCCUCUGCGACUGAGACGUGCUGAGUCAACGAGAAGGGUCCUAAGUCUGAAGUUAAAUCCUGACAGAGACGUGGAUAGAAUCCAUGGAAAUGGCAUCAACACCAUUGACAUUGAAGCAAUAGAGGGCAGAUACAUGUUGUCUGGCGGAGCAGAUGGAGUGAUCGUCGUCUAUGACCUGGAGAACUACAGUGGGAAACUACAGUACACCUGCAAGGCAGUUUGCACAGUAGGCAGGUCAAGUAAGUAUGUCCACAAAUUCAGCGUAGAGACAGUCCAGUGGUAUCCUUAUGACACGGGCAUGUUUGUCUCCAGUUCCUUUGACAAGACCAUGAAAGUGUGGGACACUGAGACACUGAAGCCUGCUGAAGUCUUUCAGUUUGAGGGCAAUGUCUACAGCCACCACCUGUCCCCCAUCGCCAGGAAGCACAGUCUUAUCGCAGUUGGCACCAAAGAACCUAAAAUCCAGCUGUGUGACCUGAAGUCUGGUUCACGGAUUCAUGUUCUUCAGGGUCACAGAGCAGAGGUCCUGUCUGUGCGGUGGUCGCCCAGAUACGAGCACAUCUUAGCCACUGCCAGUGCAGACAGCAAAGUGAAAGUAUGGGAUGUGCGUCGGGCUUCUGGUAGUCUCUUUACUCUGGAUCAGCACAAUGGAGACAAGUCAAAAGCUUCCUCUGAGGCAGUGAACACAGCUCAUGAUGGCAGAGUGAAUGGCCUGUGCUUUACUGGCGACGGCCUCUACCUCCUCACCACUGGAACUGAUGACCGUAUGCGACUAUGGAAUAGUGCCACUGGGGAAAACACACUGGUAAAUUACGGGAAGGUCUGCAACGAGAGUCGUAAAAGACUACAGUUCACAGUGUCACGUGGCUGCAGCCCAGAGUUUGUUUUUGUGCCAUGCGGCAGCUCAGUAGCUGUGUAUGGCCUCCACACGGGAGAGUUGGUCACUAUGCUCAGGGGUCACUACAACAAUGUCGACUGCUGUGAGUUCCACCCAGACUACCAGGAGCUGUAUAGUGGAGGUAAAGACUGUAAUAUCCUGGCGUGGGUUCCUGUCAUUCGUGCCUCAGAUGUGGAAGAAGAGACAAAAAGUGCAAAUCAGGCUGCUGCUGCUGCUGACCGGUCUUCAGCGAACUCUGCCUUUCAGGAUGCAUGGAGCAGCGAUGAAGAUUAAUGCUGGUGUUUUGUAUGUGUGGACAUGCAUGGUGUUUGACCAUGCAAAUGAGCAAACCGUUAUUAACUUGUCAAAUAAAUGACAGGUCCAGGGACACCUGGGAAGAUGACUAUAGGCUUAGGGAAGUUUCCCCCUUUUUUAUCAUUGCAGACAAAGAUGAAGGCCUCAAAAUUUAAAUGAAAUGUGUAAAUAAUUGUACAACUUUGUGAAUUUGCACAAUGUUAUAAAUACGGUUUGUUUUUGUACAUUU